CAUACUCAAUGCAUUAGAUGCAUAUUCCAUUGUCCUGCUUGUUUUUAUUAUAUAGGUUAGUACUGCAUAGUGCAAUUUAUAGAAAAUAUGCAUAAGACUUCGUUGAAGGUCGUUUAUUUUAUAUUCCAUCAUAGAGGUGUGGACUAUAUAUACUGGGGUUGAAUAAAAAACAAUUAGUUCUCUGCGUAGUGCAAGAUAGUGAAAUUCAAAAUGAAAUCACUGGUACUUUUGCUCAUCUGCGCCGGCCUCGUAGCGUCCAGUACCGCCUCCAUCUUAGGCGCCACCUUGGUGGGCCCCGCAAACCCCGGAGCCCUAUUGGUCGGACCCGGUGCCCAUGCCUCCGUCCUAGGCCCCGACGGCAGCGCUAUCUCAGCAGCCGCCCAAGCAGGAUCGCUGGCUGCUGCUCCCAUUGCAGGAGGGGUGGUCAGUGCAGCAGUGGCCCCAGGGGCGGUCAUUGGAGGACACGGAUGGGGACACGCCGGAAUUUGGAGGAGAUAAAUUAUACUUAAACUGUUUUCUUUAAUAAAGUGUUAUUAGUUAAGAUUACUGCUAAAUCUCCGAUUUCUUGAAGAUUUUUCAGUAGGACUCUAGACCAUAGAAGCCAAGCUACUCGGAACGACUGCCACUAUCCAAACUUUUCAGCAUUAAGCAAUUGGACUAACCAAACUAAUCUUUUAGGUCUUGGGGAAUGAAGACUUUUCUAAUUCGCGGAUUUCGUUACUGUUAAUAAUUUCUUCAGGAAUAAGAAUGUGAGGUAAGUCUCUGUAAAUGGGAAAUCUUCUACAACGAAACAUCUUCUUGAAAAUUCCAGAUACUUAUCACUUAUUAUCACUUAAUGCAAAAAGUAUACAAACAACAGUGUACAAAUAUUCUAAAGUGUGCAAACUUUUUACAUCAUCUGUUAACAGGAUAUAAUAAACUUUUAAUAUACGAUAUUUACGGUACAUACCGUUCUUAGGAUGACUAGUCAUUUUUCUUGCGGUCUCAUAUUCUUAUUCCCGAAGAUGCUAACACAUUAACGAGAGCCCGAAUUAGAAAAAAGUGUAUUCUGAAUGUUAUCAUCCUUCGUUUAAUCUCAAGAUAAGACUCGUAAAUUCAUUAACUGAUUCUUAUGAAAUGAAGAAGAUGGUUAAUGUCUGUAACCACACUGUAAAAGUUUCCUAUAGAAAAUCAAGAAGCGAAUAUCGCCGAUUCCCCUCCCUUCGACAUUCAAUUUUCAAUUGUCAAUACCCCCCCCCCCCUGCGGGGGGCUUGUAGGAAGUCCUGAGUUCAUGGAAUAACGCAAGAUACUACCAAGGAUGAAGUAUCAUCUGCCUAUCUCUUGUGUCACUGCGUAGGACUCAAGCGCUGGAGAUUCAAAAUACAUGGUGAUAUAAGCUCUGAGAAUACUCUGCGAUACUCCUUUGGGUGUACAAAGCGGCAUCAGGGUGUGGUAUCAAGAAUGACGUAUUUGUAUCAUACCAUUUGCUUAAUAUGUUCUACCUUCUAUCUCGACAUCUCGAUGUUACACAAAAAAAAAGAUAAACUUAAGUAACAAUAUUAUAAUAUAGAUUUUGAAUGUGAGGAAGUAAAGUGAGUUGCUACGACAUAUACAAGUUAAAAUUCAAGUAACACAUUAAAAUAUAUAUAUAUAUAUAUAUUAAAAACACAAAAUUGGUUGGCUAAGAACACAUUAAAAUAUAUGAG